CUCUUCCAAACUUCUCAGUGGGAAAUGUUAUGCCUAGGACUAAGACUUGAAAUGAACUGUUGAGUUUGUUUUCGAAAUUGAAUCGAACCGAGAGAGAGAGAGGGCUUGGGUUUUGUAUGCUGACAUGUUUAGGUUGAAGAUCAAGUCCAGUGUUUGUACUUUUUAACAUCAUGAUUAAUGUGUUGUGUUGUGUAAACAAGGCAAGUUGAACAAGGCGAAGGAGCUUCUUGGGUUUAUGGAGGCCUACUGUUGUUACUUAUAACACUAUCAUUCAUGCGUUUUGUUUGAGAGGCAGAGUUGGAGGGGCUCAGAUGAUCUUUAGUGCUAUGAAAGGUAGAGGUGUUCAGCCGGAUUCUUACAUGUAUGGAUUGCUUAUUAGUGGGAUGUGCAAGGAAGGAAGACUUGCUGAAGCAUCCGGUCUUUUUGAUAAAAUGCUGCAAAUUGGGCUGCUUCCGAUUGCUGUUCCUUAUAACACGUUGAUUGAUGGUUAUUGCAAUAAGGGUGAUCUGGACAGGGCUUUUGGUUAUAGAGAUGAGAUGAUGAAGAAGGGUAUAAUGCUGACGGUGUCAACUUACAAUUUGUUGAUUCAUGAAUUAUUUAUAGAAGGUAGGGUGAGUGAGGCUGAUUGUAUGGUUAGAGAAAUGGAAGAGAAGAGAAUGGUUCCUGAUGCCAUUACGUAUAAUAUCCUGAUUAAUGGCUAUUGCAGGUCUGGGAAUGCAAAGAAAGCGUUUAUCCUUCGCGAUGAAAUGUUGAGUAAAGGGAUAGAGCCCACUAAGGAAACUUAUACAUCACUUAUUUAUGUUUUGAGUAAAAGGAAGAGAAUGAAUAAGGCAGAUGACUUGUUUGAGAAGAUACUGCGUAAAGGUGUUCUACCGGAUCUGGUGAUGUUCAAUGCCUUGAUUGAUGGUCAUUGUGCUAAUGGGAAUAUGGAGCGUGCAUUUUCGCUUUUGAGGAAGAUGGAUAAAAUGAAGGUUCAUCCAGAUGAAGUGACGUACAAUACCCUAAUGCAAGGGCGCUGCAGGGCAGGGAAAGUUCAGGAAGCUCGGGAACUUCUGGAUGAGAUAAAGACAAGGGGAAUUAAGCGUGAUUACAUUAGUUACAACACCCUCAUUAGUGGACAUAGUAAACGAGGUGAUAUGAAUGAUGCCUUCAAAGUUUGAGAUGAGAUGUUGAGUAUAGGUUUCAAUCCUACACUUCUAACGGACAAUGCUCUUAUAAAAGGUCUAUGCAAAAACCAAGAAGGUGAUCUUGCUCACGAGAGCAGAGGGAUUACUCCCGAUGACAGCACAUAUUACUCUGUGAUUGACGGAAUUGAGAAUGUUGAGGAAUUUCUCAGAAAGGGCGAUUCAUGAAGUCUCUCUCUCCGUGUAUUGUACUUCUAAUGAUAGUGGUGUUCUCGAACCCAAAUUCUGGUUCUGGAAGAUUCUUUUGGUUACUUCUUGAAGAUGACCUGACAAGCUCAGCUCAGGCAGGAUAUCGGUGUAUUGAUUGUGCUCCACUCUUAUGGCAAUGAGGAGGAGGUAUCAAUUGGAACUGUGUAAGAAAGCUUUGGAGGAGAACAUAAUUUUGUAUCUGGAAACUUGUUAUGGAAAGACCCACAUAGCCAUGUCGCUUAUGUAUGAACCAGUUGAUACUCAAACCUCAGAAGAACAUAUGUGUGUUCUGAGUCCUGGAGAUCGUUGUAGUAUAUAUGGAUCAAAUUGCUCCCAAUGGAUUAUUGGAAUGGAGGUAAUAAUAAUACUGUAUUUCUUUGUUUCAUAUUUGAGCAUAUUAUUGAAUAACUGAAACUGAAUAAUUGGGGCUGAAUCUUACUAGAAAAACUGUGGCUUUUUACUCUUAUGCUUAUGUUUUGA